AUGGCAAAAUCAAAAAAACAAGUUUUACUCCUGUUUCUCCUCAUUUCCCUUGCAUCAGCCUAUACAACAAAAACCAUUUCUAGCAGCGUUGUCCUUGGGUGGUACUUCCCUACUACGGCAACUAUAACAUUUUACCUCUCAGUCCCUACUUCAAAUUUGUCAAGCAAAAGCUGAGGCUACUAUGGCUUAGGUUUCAAAACAUCUGGAAGCAGCUCAAAGAUGUCAGGGGCAGAUUGCGUCAUAGCUGUCUUAUCAAAGGGAACUGUGGACAGUGUUGCUUGCACAGGAAAUAAUUACACCCCAGAAGACUCAUUCUCAUUGUCAGGAAUUACAUCAUUUGUGAAUGGGACAAACACUGUAUACCAAUGGACUAGAGAUUUGAGUGGAGGUACUAAUCAUAUGACUUUAGCUGGUGGGACUAGUUAUAAGGUCAUUUGGUGCUAUGGGCAAUAUUCAGGAGAUUAUAUACAACAUUCGAAGGAUGGAAGCAUCAGUCUUACGCUGACUUAUGACGCAGAAGCUCCAGGUUCUUCAAACUCUGGAGGCUCAAGCUCAGGUGGAUCAAGCUCAGGUGGCUCAAGCUCUGGUGGGUCAAGCUCAGGUGGAUCAAGUUCAGGUGGCUCAAGCUCUGGUGGGUCAAGCUCAGGAGGCUCUAGUGAUUCAACCACCAAUAGCACAUGGGUUACUUUGACAGGGUCAACUAAUUUGACACCUGAUGGAACUCUAUCAUCUGCAUACAGCCUCAGUCUUGCGAGCAUCUUGGCAAUUUACCUAGCUAUAUAUUAA